AUGGCUGAACUCAUCCCUCAAGGUUUCAGCUCACUGUACCAACUUCAGCAGCUGUCACUGCAGGCCAACGCUCUGAAGGUCAUAACCAAAGACCAUUUCCACAACCUCACCUCACUUCGCCAGUUGAAUCUCAACCUCAACAUCAUCAGCUACAUUGAAGAUGGAGCUUUUAAAGACUUGAAAAACCUAACACACUUAGAUCUGGGAGGAAACCGCAUACACACUUUGAAUUCACACAUACUACAUGGAUUAAGGAAACUGAAAAUCCUUAAACUGUACAAUAAUCACCUUCAUUUUGAAGACUGGGAAUCCCCAUUUGUUGGACUAAGUUCACUGGAGAUGACUGACUUGAGGUACCAGGGCCCUCUUACAACAGGACUAGGAAAUUUAGGUGAGAAUUUUUUUAUGGGGCUGGAAUUGUUAAAAUGCCUCAACAUUGGAUAUACCAUUUUAACAACCUUCCACCCAAAUGUUUUUGCCCGACUCGUCAACUUACAGACUUUGUACAUAGGCAGCGUUUCAAUGACCAACACAAACCUGACGUUCCUCCUUCGCAACCUCGUCUCACUGAUAAAUCUGUCAUUGACCAAAGUUGACCUUGAUUCACUACCUUCCAAUCUGCUGCCUCCUGGGAACACCUUAAAGUAUCUGAAAGUGCAGUACAACCACUUCCACGUUUUGGAAGAAUCCCUGCAGAGAAACCUUCCCAUGCUCCAGUAUCUUGAUGUCAUUGGAAAUCCUUUGUCUUGCAACUGCCAGAACGCCUGGUUCAAAAACUGGUCGUUCCUCAACACAGAAGUGCAGGUGGCCUUUGUGUAUGACCUACGUUGUGACAAUGAGCUGUCAUCACCCCACCUGUGGGAAUUUGACGACAAAGCGUGCAGCUACGACCUGAUUUCCUUUACCUUCUUCCUGUCCACUGCACUUCUGGACAUAGUCCUCCUCCUGCUGGGACUCAUCUGGCAAAAAUCCCGGUCGACAAUCCGUUACCUUUUGCUGCUCAUCAGAUCCCGCCUCUUUGGGAAGAAGCGGGCUGCUCAAAAGGCCUACACUUACGAUGCCUUCAUCUCCUACAGCUCCAAGGAUGAUGCUUGGGUGAUGGGAGAGCUGGUACCCCAUUUGGAAGGCCCACAAGGGGAAGGCUUCCGUCUUUGCCUGCAUCAUCGGGACUUCCGACCAGGGACAGCCAUUAUGGAGAACAUCGAGACAGCCAUCUACAGCUCGAGGCACACGCUGUGUGUGGUCAGCCGUGACUUCCUGCGUAGUGAGUGGUGUGCCCUAGAGUUUCAGUUAGCCAGCCUGCGACUUCUGUGCGACCGAAGCGAUGUGCUACUUCUGGUCUUCCUGGAGGAGAUCCCCAACCACCGCCUGUCUGCCUACACGCGCCUGCGCAAGAUGGUGCGCCGCAACACCUAUCUACUGUGGCCUGAGGAUCUCAUGGAGAGGGAGGCUUUCUGGGUCCGCCUCAGGAAUGCCCUGAGAUCAGGGGUGGAGGAUGGAGAGGAUCAGGAUUUCACCAAACUUUUUGCCUAA